AUUUUAUGGAAGAAAGAAAAUUGCUGUUGAUAAUAUCAAUAAUAAUAUCAAUAAUAAUACCAAUAAUAAUACCAAUAAUAAUACCAAUAAUAAUACCAAUGAUGAGAUUUCUAUCAAUUUAAAUAAUCGUAAUUCCAUCGGUGCGGAUUAA